CAGAAAUUAAUUACUCAAUUGGUAAAUAAUUGUUAUAAUAAAAUUCAAUAAUUCAAUCAACUAAACAAAACAUUUACACAAAACAGAAAGUGACACUUGACAACUGUCAAAAACUGAAAAACUAAACAAAGCGGGCUUUGCGGUCCAAAACAAAAAUUCUCGAACUGUCAUUUAUACGUCAAUAAAAAUCGUUGGGUAACCGCGUUCUUGUUAACAAGUGUUUAAUUAUUUACUAAAAUGCAAUUGUAAAUAAUCAUUUAAGAAAGGAAAGGGGAUGAAAUACCUAUGUCAACAAAAAUACCACCAAAAUCGCACUAUUCCUUCUGCAACGUCAGUAGUAGUUUUGAAUCACACAAUUCAGAUUGUGAAGCUCAACGAGAUAUGUUGUCGAUCGGUAGUAAAAGCUAUGCAACCCAGUUUACAAGCACCCCUACGAAACCAAAUAAAGCAGGAGAACCGAGCACAUCGCUUGAUGAGUUUUUCCUAAGUUUAAUCUCUGAAGAGUCGAAAGGUAAUAAAAAAUCCAAAACAUCAUCUUUUGCAUCAAGAAAUGAAACAAAAGAAAAUCAAAAUCCUAAAUAUGAUGAUGAGACGAGUACGUCAAGUUCUUUGUAUGCAGACCUUAUAACAGGAAUUAGUUUAAAACCUUUUUCAUCAAAAAGUAAAAAAAUUCAAAUAGAAAAAAAUAAAAAUUUAAUAUCCAAAACUAAUAAUUCAUCUACAUCAGAAUCCGAAUCAGAAGUGUACUUAAAAACAAAAACAUCCUCUUUUUCAUCAAGUAGUGAAAUAAUUAAAACAAAAAAAUCAAAAAAGGCUACAUCUAAAACAAAUGAUUUUAAUUCUACAACAAGUUCAGGAUCAGAAGUGUACUUAAAAACAAAAACAUCCCCUUUUUCAUCAAGUAGUGAAAUAAUUAAAACAAAAAAAUCAAAAAAGGCUACAUCUAAAACAAAUGAUUUUAAUUCUACAACAAGUUCUUUGUCUGAAGGUCUACAAUCAUUUUUCGACAUGCUUGAUAGACCAGGUGAUCAAAAAUUGCAUAAAACAGAAUCAAAUGAUCAAAGUGACGUCAAUUUAAAACCUGCUUCAUCAAAAAGUAAAAUAAUUAAAAUUAAAAAAAAUAAAAAUGUUAUAUCUAAAAAUAAUAAUGAAACAUCUACAUCAGAAUCGUUGUAUACAGACCUUAAAUCAGGAGUGGAUUUAAGAACUAAAAAAUCUUUUUUGUCAAGUUGUAAAAUAAUUAAAACUAAAAAAUCAAAGAAGGUUAUAUCUAAAACAAAUGAUUAUAAGUCUACAACAAGUUCUUUGUCUGAAGGUCUACAAUCAUUUUUCGACAUGCUUGAUAGACCAGGUGAUAAAAAGUUACAUGAAACAAAAUCAAGUGAUCAAAGUGACAAUGCUUUAAAAUUUUUGGAUGGUAGUUUUGAACCUCCCAAUAAUAAAAUUCCAAAGCUUAGUGAUAAAGAUGUUAAUACAUCCUUUAUUGACCAAUGUGUACAAAAUAAAAAACGGAAAAAACAGUCAACUUUGGACUCGUUCUUUAGAAAAACGAAACCAUCAACUGAAAGAAGAAAGUUUAUUACACAAGUCUAUCAAAAAACUUUCGGCAAUUCAAAUACAAAAGGUAAUAAUAAUAAUGAAAUGGGAAAUAUUUGUAUUAAAAAUGAUAAUAUAAUAGUUAAGGAACCACCUCAAAUUGAACCAGUUGUAACCAAAGAAUGUAAUCAAAUAGUUUAUCCAGCUGAACAGUCUUUCACUUUAACUAAAAGAAUACAUUUAAACACGCAAGCCAAUCCAAGAACAUACUGCACUACAAAUAUAGAAAAAAAUAAAAAUAAUAAAGAAAUAUCAAAUAUGCUUACUAAAGAAUGUAAUCAAAUAGUUUAUCCAGGUGAAAAAUCGUUUACUUUAACUUCCAGUAAAGUAACAAAUAUUGAUUAUGUGCCUGAAUAUAAUAAUAAUGAUAAAUAUCGUGUAAUAAAUUCAGAUAAUUUGCUUCAAUUUACUGAGUCCUUACGAAAAGAUAAACCAAAUAAAGACAAUAAGGUUUAUAGUAAUAAAAGUGAAGAAAAAACACUUACAAAUAGUGAUAAUAAAAUAAUAGUUAGUAGCGAAAAACAAUCAGAGCUUUUUCUUCAAAGUUUACUAAGCUCCAAAAAAGUAGACGUGCAUGAAGCCUUGCUAAAAUAUUUUAACAUACAAGAAAACACCGGGUUUGAUUAUUUGAGGACUGCCAUGGAAGAAACAAGUUUUAGAUUCAUGUCCGAUAAAAUGUUACACAAGGAAUCAAAAGGAAUGCAAGUAUCAACUAAAAAAAGAUUCUUUAAAAGAUACGUUAAAGGAAACACAAAAUUAUACCUCUUGAAUGUGGUUAAAAAGAAAACAAUAAUUGACGAACCCAAAGUACAGGAUAAGGACGACCUCGACGAUUUUUUUUACCAAUUUACGCAAGAAGAAGUCGGCCUACUAGAUAGAACCUACAAAUCGUUUUCAUCGGACGUCUCGUUUGUCACGCACAAAUCUGGUGAAUCUGGUAGCCUCUCCAGUGGUUCACAGGUCCUGACUCGUCAUCAGAUGACAUUAAGAAGCGGUAUAAACGACGUUUUGAAAAAUAAGGAUUUUUUAUAUAAUUCUGAGGACGAGCAAAUUUUUGAAGAGAUUGGGAGGAAGGAAAUAGUGGAGAAGAUUGAGAAUAUAUUUUUGGAAGUUUUGGAUAAUUUUGAAAAUAAUAGGAAACCAACUUUCAGAUAUCGAAGACAAUGUUGGGAGAAUUGUGUUUUUAAGAAUGGAAGGUGUCAGUUCAAAAAAAAUUCUGCCAUGCAGAUAAUUUAUUACAAUAGAAAAGCGAGCUGCAAAAGGUUUUGCUUGAUGUUUUAUCUACUUGACCAGAUAAGAAAAUUGUUAUUAAGUGAUACUACAUUAACUAAAAGAGAAAUUUAUUACCAAAUUAAAAAAUACGUUCAAAAUCAAGGCAUAACAGAUUCCUGCAUCAUGGCGGUUAGUUGUUUAUUAAAUGUGGGCCCAUGGGAUUUAAACAUUGUAGCACAAAAGGGUCUUGUGUUUGGAAACUUAAAACUGAAACUAACUUCGGGAGAAGUUAUAAACUGUAAUGUACCGGGUACCACAAUUCCUUUGAACGUCAAGGAUAUAACGAAAAUCGAAACAUCAUGUUAUUUUAUAUUAGUAGUUGAAAAAGAGUCUAUUUUUCAUAAAUUAAUACAAGAAGACUUGCCGAACUCAUUGACCAGACCUUUUAUUAUGAUAACUGGUAAAGGUUUCCCAGACCACAACACGCUACUUUUUGUUAAAAAAUUAUGGGUUGUUCUGUCCGUUCCAGUGUUUAUUUUGGUAGAUCCCGAUCCGCAAGGUAUCCAAAUAAUGCUGAACUAUCGGGUAGGAUCUUUAACAAGUGCACAUUUGUCUCAUCAAUUGGCAAUACCAAAAGCCCAAUGGUUGGGCGUAUUUCCAACGGAAAUAGUAAAAUACAGCUUGCGAGCGCAGGAGUUAACCAAUAAAGAUAUAAAAACAGUCAAAGAUAUGCUUUUGUUGCCCCAUAUAAGGGAAAACGAAAAAAUCAAACAUGAAUUACAAUUUUUACUUGACAGAAAAUAUAAGUCCGAAAUAGAAGCUCUUACCAAAAGUGAAACUUAUAUGAGUCGUAUUUAUUUUACCGAAAAAAUGAUUAGGAAGAAUUUUAUUUAA